AAAGAGAAAACUCUGUUAUCUGCUCUACUUAUAUAAUACUUGCUCAGAAACCUUCAUCAUCAGUUCAUUCUUCCUAAGCGAAAGUUUUAUUUUCCAAGACAAACACUGUGUGGGUUAAACAGCCUCUGUGAGGUCCGUUCUAUUCUAUUAUCUGAAAAUUUAUGGACUCUGUUCAUAUUGUGCAACCUUCUAACAGAAGCAGUAAAUCACAUUAUCUGUGACAGCAAGUCCACUGCGGUUAAUAACUAAGUUACAGCCCAUAGUGUUUAUCCAACUCAGUGGGGCGUUAAGGCAAACCAGGAGAGACGAGUGAUACGGUCCGCACAUCCUCUGAUGCUCAGGUGGAGACGAGUGAUUCAGCACCAGGACAGUCAAGUUCACGAUGAAGCUGCAUACGCCAAUGCUGAGGAGCGCCUUGGUCCGAGAAUGUAUGGCUGAGUUCCUGGGAACAUUUGUCUUGUUGCUAUUUGGUUGCUCUGCAACAGCGCAGGUAAAAACCAGCCGAGACACCAAAGGCCAAUAUCUGUCGAUCAACAUGUCCUUCUCUGUGGGGGUGAUGUCAGCCAUGUACCUGACCAAGGGGAUCUCAGGAGCCCAUCUGAACCCUGCAGUGACUCUAAGUUUCUGUGUCUUGAGGAAGGUGAAGUGGGGGAGGCUGGUACCGUACUGCCUCUCCCAAGUGCUCGGGGCAUAUGUGGCAUCGGCGCUGGCCUACGCGGUUUACCACGAUGCUAUAAUGGAGUUUAGUGGAGGCGUGUUGACUGUUUAUGGCCCAAAUGAAACAGCAUCUAUAUUUGCAACGUAUCCAUCCCAAUACCUCACGUUAGGGAGGAGUUUCCUUGAUCAAGUAGUGGGGACUUUGUUACUGAUGUUGUGCAUCCUGAGUUUGGAGGAAAAGAGGAACACCCCUGCUCCUUCUGGUCUGGUUCCUCCAAUAGUUGCAACAAUUGUCCUCGGGAUCUCCAUGUCCAUGUCGGCUAACUGCGGAGCUGCAAUAAAUCCCGCUCGUGACCUGGGGCCACGCCUUUUCACUCUGACUGCAGGCUGGGGAACCGAAGUCUUUACGUGUUACAAUUACUGGUUCUGGGUCCCAAUAGUGGCUCCACUUAUUGGAGGCCCUUUGGGUUCUUGCCUUUACUUGGUCUUCGUCGAAUGGCAGCUGCCCGCUCCAGAACCUCCUCAGGACAGGAGGGCAACAAUCUCCACCAUCAGCAACAGCAUCAAAGAGCCGGCCACCAGAUGGGGAACAGGAGACAACUUUAAGUCAACAUAUUUUUAGUCAUUGAUCGGUAGCAAAUCAAUACACUUGGCAUAAAAUAAUAAAUCUGACUGGUUGGUUGUAAAUUGAGGAUGUUCAGCUAUUUAUAGAUGCUGGUAAAUUGCCCACAUCUUAAGAGCUUCUGUUAACAGAGUUAUAAUUAUUUAUUUUUAUGGAUAACUAUACAUUUGCAGAAACAUUUUUAGCAGAAUCAUGCUGUUUGUUACAUUAAACCUCUGUGUGUUUCCAUUUUUCUAAAACAUUCUCCCACUUUGCCUCCCUGAUAUAAUCGGUGAAAUGGUUUCCUAGAAUGAAACUGCGAUAUCAUUGAAGGGUUACCUGUCCAGGGUGAACCCUGCCUCUCAGCAAAGAACUGGGGAGGUUGGGUAGACAGAUUUAUACAUUUCUUUUUAUAAUGGAGCUUGUAUAUCUUUAGUCAUAAUAACUUUCUCAGGAAUGAGGCUGUUUUACGUCUAACCAUUGCCAACAUACGAUUUAGUCCAUUCAAUAAAACACAACAUUCACCUUCAAGGUUCUACAAAUUUACAAUCUAUUGUCUUCCACUUAUGCAGGGUUGGGUUGCUGCAGAAACAGCACCGAUCAGCUCAUCUAUCACUCAUUCCAUUUUUCCCUCAUCUGUGAACAAAACUUUGUACAUUUUGUAAACUUUGCAUGCUCUUUUUUGGCUCAAGACUGCGGCCUCAGAUUUGGAGACACUGAUCCUCAUUCUGGCUGCCUCAUAGAUCGUAAUCUGAUGAAGCCAAUAGAACCAUAUCAUCUGUAAAAAGCAAAUACGCAAUCCUAAGGCCACCAAAAUGGAUCCCCUCAAGGCUACACCUAGGGCAGACUUGGUGCGGUCCAACUCUCACUGGAAACAAAUCCAACUUAGUGCCGGCAUCGUGGAUCAAUUUCUGGCACCAGUCGAACUGGGAAUUAAUAGUCCAUAUAAAAGGACCUGGUAUCCCAUACGUGACACGCUAUUGUUUGCCGUUUCUUCAAUUAGUCAAUCCAAGAGUGCUGCUCAUUUUCUUAGCAAUGAUUGGCUCUAGCCUCUAGAGCAUAAAUGAGGAAGUCUGUUGAAGUUAACUUCUGUGGUAGUGCCAAGAUGGUGUCCACGGUGCGCAUUAAUGUACAUUAAGGUAAAUAUCCUGUUUGAACUGUUCAAAUAAUCAAGUUGUAUGUGUUUUCUGAGAGAGUUUCAUGGAUUCACAGAUAAUUGCAGGCAGCUACCCGUGAAUAACCGGAUAACUUGCCUAAUGAUACAAGAAAAAAUAUAUACUUUUUACGCAAACAUUUAGAUAAAACACUUUAAAACUUACUCCUCGUGUUUUAAGACCUCAGGGCACUUUAGUGAGACUUGUUUUGACUCGACCUGAAGUACAGCAAAGCAAUUUGAAGUGGUCCGUAAGAGGAGAGUUUUUGUGAGUGUAAAGUUUGAUCCAACGUGUGUUUGUGUACAACAUGUUGAAGAGAACAUUUUCAGUUUGUUAUAGCAGUGAUAUCUUUUAUUGUAGGAAACUUGUAUCGGUAGCACAUUUUUCAUGUCAUUUUCCACACUAUGUAUAAGCAAACAGCACCAUGCUAUUAGACUGUGAAAAUUGUACACUUUGAAUUUUAAGCUUCCUGAACUCAACCAGCAGAGGAAAUUGCGUAUUCAUUAAAGAAAUAAAGUGUUUGUUUUUUUUA